CCAUGGUCUGGGAGUGAGGGCUGGGCCUGGGCAGCCUCAUUCCAUAUACCUGUGCCGGGUUGAGGUGUUGGAGACACGUUUGGAGAUCCCUCCACUCUAGGAAUCCACCUCGAGAGAUAAAGGUCCCGGCCCUAGCCACACUCCCAGGACACGGCCAGAGGUCACCUCCCUAGGCAGGUCCCUCCUCCCCACCGCCAGGUUCCCGGAGCGCGUGCGGCGCGUGUGCAGGGGUAGGGGGCCGCGGGCGCGCGGACUGGAGCGGCGCGCCCCUCCCGCGUGUUGAAAUUCAAAAGAGGCGAACGCCCCGCCCUCGGCGCGGCGGCGCGGCUCCGGUGGAGAGGUCAAGGCAGGGGCCAGUCGGAGGCUCCCGGGGCGGGGUCGAACCCGCGGCCAACGUGAGCAGCAGCAGAAGCUUAAAGAGCUCAGGUCCCCCCACCCCCCCGCCUCUGGCCCUACCAUGGCUACGGAGCAGUGGUUCGAGGGGUCGCUCCCCCUGGACCCUGGAGAAACACCGCCUCCAGAUGCCUUGGAACCUGGGACGCCGCCCUGCGGAGACCCCUCCUGGACGACACCCCCUAGCAGGCCUGGGAACCCACCUGAGCCGGACCCUGAAGAUGCCGAGGGGCAGUUGGCUGAGGCCCCGGCCUCCACGCCUUCCCCCGAACCUCUGGUCCCCGGGCCCGGGCCAGCACCUCCCCGCCUAUCCCUGGACAUUUUGUUCAGCCCCAUCACCCAACAGCUGCGCUACCUACUCAAGAAGGCGGAUGAUUUCCAGAGCUACUUGCUCUACAGCAGAGACCAAGUACAGAAGGAGCAGCUGGCCAAGGCCAUGCCCACCUUCUUACAGAUGUGUGAGCCCUACUUCCUGUACCUGGAGGCAGCCGCGAGAAGCGUACCCCACAUCUAUGGACCCCUGCAGGAGCUGGUCCGAAAGGGGCUGUUAGAGAUCUCCCAACAGCUGACCCUGCGCCUGGAACAGCUGGUCCUCAUGUACGCUUCCUUUGGGUUCGUGGACCUGGAGGAGACAAACCCCCUCAGCAUCUCCUGUUUCUUUUGCGGGAGGUUCUCCAUCAGCCUGUCCCAUGAGAUCUCCAUCUUCAGAUACUGUGCUCCAACCGCCUACACUGCCAGCCGCUUUCCCCGCUACCUCUAUAAGAAGAUGCGCUGGCACCUGGAAGCCACCCCAGAGGCCCCUGGUCGGGGACAAGAUUCCCUUGUGGAUUACUACUUCCUGUGCUAUCGAGAUACUUGGGAAGACACAGGCCAGAGUCCAGCCAAUUCGUGCCCGCAGAUCCAGAAGCUGUGGUCCAUCGGCCGAUGGGUGCCCCUAGAACCAGCCGAGGAUGACCUUUAUUCAUGGAUUUUGUGCCCGCAGCCACUUGGGGACUACCAGCAGCUGCUGACCAUCGGCUUCGAGGAGCCCACGCCCAUGCUGGCCACCGACCUGCUGGUGCAGAUCCUCACGGGCCAGGCAGGCCAGGCCCGGCCUCCAAGCGCAGCCGGGCCCACGGGGUGGGCAGCGCAGGGGUCUUGAACCUGGGAAAGAGGGUAGGAGCUGGAACUUGACAGUUCCAAACUCCAGAAGAGGGGGCAGGGGAGGGGCUCACUCAUUCUCUCAGUGCAGCCUGGCCUCGCCUUCCAAAGGGCCAGGCCGAGCUGACCUGUCU